GCACCUCCACGUGUAUGAAAAUGCGAUAGUGACGAACGCGCGUCAGUAGAUGGCAAACCGAAGGAUACACCUGCGGCAGUGCGCAUAUUCGUCUUAGCUCCUCCCCACCCCAGGGUGAAAGCAAAGAUUGCCUAUUUGCUUGUUUACAUAUUUGCUUUUUUUUUUUAUUUUAUUCUUUUUUCCCAUAUUUCCCGCAUUGUCUCCCUCCCGUAUGCGACCAGGCGACCAUUUCUACCCCAUGCGAACGAAAUGAUGGAAAAAAACAUCCUCAACAAGUACAAGAGCUUCUUCAAUUUUGUUAACACCGUGAAAAAUACGGCAGAGAAGGAAAAGGCCCUGCAGUAUAGCCAACAUUUGUACUUAAAAAACAUAUCAAGGAGCAACUAUAACGUUAAAAAUAAUGUCGAUCAGAUUUAUGACAAUAAGCUUUUCCUCAAGUACUGGAUGAGGAAGAAAAGGCCUGGGGCCAGAAACUGAGAGAACAGCAGAGAAUAGCGGGAAAUUUCGAGCUAAUUUUUUGCCAAUAAAUAUACAAACGCUUGAAAAACGCAUGAAAAUUUUCACUUAGUUGAACAUUGUGACCACUGCGCCUGCAAGAAAAACCACAAAGGGUUAGCGAAGACGCGUCUCACCAAGGUGAAAAUUAAUUAUCCAAGAAAAUGCACCCACACUUUGUGCAUAGCGUAACACAUUUUUCGUACAGCGUUUCCCCUUCAGUUGCGAUUCCUUCAUUUGGGUGAGAAGAUUUGCCAAAAAAAAAAAAAAAAAAGUAUGAAAUUGCUUUCCUCUUGUGUAGGAACGUGCCUUCACGCCGUAGAGGACCGACCUCCUGUAGGCGCGCGUGUUAGUUCCCCUCCGCAGU